UUAACAACAAUCAAAUGAAAAAUACCAAUAUCCAUCAUCCUCAAAAUCCAUCAAAUAUUUCAAUGACAUCAACUCCCCAACAGCAGCAACAACAAUUUAUUCAAUUACAAGAACAACAACAAAAGCAACAGCAACAAUUACAACGUUCAGGCGGAAAAACAGUAAUUAAUAGUGGAAAUAUUGUUGCUGCUUCUCAACAACAACAAAAUUUGUCUGCUGCUGCUCCUUCUCUAUUAAAUUUACAACAACAAUUAAAUUUGCUUUUUACACAACAACAGCAACAACAAUCAAAUCAACAGCAACAGCAAAUGGCUUUAAAUGAAUCUCUUCUGACCUCUACUCUCUUGUCUCGCCUUCAAAACAUUAAUAAACCUUCUUCUGAUGUUAAUAAUAGUUUGCUUUCUGCUGCUGCAUUAACUGGACUAUUUCCUCAACAACAACAACCUUUUGGGGCUCCAAAUUUAAAUAAUAAUUCUCUUUUGGCUGGAUUAAAUAAUGGAGGAGUCAUAGGGGGAGGAGGACAACAACAACAUCAACAACACCAACAAUUAUUUGGUGGUUUUCCAAUCCAACCAUUAGGUCCAGGAACAGGGUCAUUAACAAGUGGUAAUAGUGAUGCUGCAGCUGCUGCACAAUUACAACAACAAGCAAAUUUAUUAAAUGCUUUACAGCAACAACAACAUAAUGCGUUGAAUUCGAAUUCUUUGGCAGCUUCUUUACUUGCUCAAUUUAGUGGUGGUGGUGGAGGAUAUUCUAAUAUAAAUAACAAUUCUUUCAAUAAUUCAAAUAAUUCUGGACUUUCAACUUUAGCAGCAGCAGCAGCUAUAGCAGCACCAGUUUUAGCACCUCCUUCUCUUCCUCAACAACCACCACAACCUCCAGCUCUUCCAAAUAAUUCUUCAUUAAAUUCGUUGAUUUUAAACAACAAUAGCAAUUCGGCAAAUUUAUUGUCGUCAUUAAUGAUGUAUGAAAAUGGAUUAAAGAAUGCUUCAACUAAUAAUUGUUCACAACAACAACAACAAUUGAGAGCACUUGCUUUACUUCAACAACAGCAGCAACAGCAGCAGCAACAAGGACAGCAAGGACAGGGACAAGGACAAGGACUUCAACAAGGGCAAGGACUUCAACAAGUACAAGGAGGACAACAAGGACAUCAACAACCCAACAAUAACUCUUCCUCUUCAUUUUCUUCUUCCGCAACAUCAAUACCUUCAUCCUCGUCUUCCUCAACACUCUUCCUUGUUAAAUUCAUCAUCUUCAAUUUUACUUGGAAAUAA